GUUGAACGCUCAAGCUCGGAGAGUCACAGAGGAGGUUGGCUGGAUAUCCGGGUCCGUUAUUGGCACCACUUCCUGCUUGCUGACUCCAACCCGAGUCCUUCUGACGCACUUUGUCCAGCUGCCCGCGUCGCCCUGUGAGAAAGACCUCAUUCUGCAAACAGUCACAGCUGGAUAUUUUUUCUUUCACUCGGACCCAGGACUUCUGUCCUUCAUCCCUGCAGGAUGAACGUUACGUCGCUGUUCUCCUUCACAAGCCCAGCGGUGAAGCGCCUGCUGGGCUGGAAGCAGGGGGACGAGGAGGAGAAAUGGGCCGAGAAGGCGGUCGACGCGCUGGUCAAGAAGCUGAAAAAAAAGAAGGGCGCUAUGGAGGAGCUGGAGCGGGCGCUCAGCUGCCCCGGACAGCCCAGCAGCUGCGUGACCAUCCCGCGCUCGCUGGACGGCCGGCUGCAGGUGUCGCACCGCAAGGGACUGCCGCACGUCAUCUACUGCCGCGUGUGGCGCUGGCCUGACCUGCAGUCGCACCACGAGCUCAAAGCGCUCGAGUGCUGCCAGUUCCCCUUCGGAUCCAAGCAGAAGGACGUGUGCAUCAAUCCCUACCACUACAAGAGGGUGGACAGUCCUGUUCUUCCGCCGGUCCUCGUUCCUCGGAACAGCGAGUUCAACGCCAAACUGACCAUGCUGCCACGCUUCCAUAACCCGCUGACCCAGACGGAGUCACACAUGCCCCCGAACGCCACGUACCCGGCCUCGUUCACCCAGCAGCCGUUCGGCCCCAACUCGCCCUCCAACAGCUUCCCUGGCUCACCCAACAGCGGAACAGCGAGCAGCUCCACCUUUCCACGCUCACCAGGCAGCUCAGAACCCAGCAGCCCCUUUCCAUUGCCAGAAUCUCCUCCACCAGCCUAUAUGCCUCCCGAGGAGCCGAUGACACAAGAACAACCCCAACCCCAACCAAUGGACACCAACCUGCUGGCUCCCAACCUGACAGAUGUGCAGUCAGUAGCCUAUCAGGAACCCGAGCACUGGUGCUCCAUCAUGUACUACGAGCUAAACAACAGAGUUGGACACGCUUUCCUGGCAUCUUCAACCAGCGUGCUUGUGGACGGCUUUACCGACCCUUCUAACAACCGCAACCGCUUCUGUCUGGGCCUGCUGUCCAACGUUAACCGCAACUCCACCAUCGAAAACACGCGCAGGCAUAUAGGCAAAGGGGUGCACUUGUACUACGUCGGGGGCGAGGUGUAUGCCGAGUGCCUGAGCGACAGCAGCAUCUUCGUGCAGAGCCGGAACUGCAACUACCACCACGGUUUCCAUCCGACCACCGUCUGCAAGAUCCCGAGCGGCUGCAGCCUGAAGAUCUUCAACAACCAGGAAUUCGCAGAGCUGCUCGCCCAGUCCGUCAACCACGGCUUCGAGGCUGUAUAUGAGCUCACCAAGAUGUGCACCAUCCGCAUGAGCUUCGUCAAGGGUUGGGGUUCGGAGUACCAUCGUCAGGAUGUGACCAGCACCCCGUGCUGGAUCGAAAUCCACCUGCAUGGGCCUCUGCAGUGGCUGGACAAGGUGCUGACUCAGAUGGGCUCUCCUAACAAUCCUAUUUCCUCGGUGUCCUAAAUCUGUCCUGUUU